CAGUUUUACAAACAGCAGCCUGCACAUGUACGACCUGCAAGAGAUUCCCGCCAGUAGAAAGUAUGUCGUUGUAGGUGAUGGUCGACUGCUCGAAUUGCAAGCUAUCGGUAGCAUCAAUCUUAGUUUCUUUCAGGAGGAUGAUAAUGGUGAAAAAACGACCAUGUGUGUAAAGCUCACUGACGUGUCUGUAGUAGAGAGCCUAAGCUUCAGCUUGUUUUCCGCGCAUGCUGUUUCUCGAAAGCAACAAAUCCUGCACGACGAGCGUGGUGCAACCCUUCAAAAUGGACUGCUCUUUGCUAGGGAGGAAAAAGCGUCUGCAGCAUAUGCCAUGCGGUUACCAUACGACCCAUCUGCGACUAUUGUAGACUCUGCUGCUUUGCCUGCAUUCGUGACUGCCCCCGAUUCCGCCCCCGCCGUUGGCUCCACGCGUUCCCCUUCCCAAAAAGGGGGCUCCGCGGAAUCAUUGGUGUCCGUAUUGCGUGUUCCUUCCGCAGGCUCUGCUACCGUAGUACCUUCGAGUGAGAGCGUCCCGCCCACUGGUCCCACCAGUGUAGUACCUGCGAGUGAGAGCGUCCCGCCCGCCGGCUCUGCCGACGUAGUACCUUCUUCGGCUUCCGAGUUUGUGUGUGUGGGUACUUUUCCGGGUAUGGAUCUAGGAGAUACGAGUGUGCUCACCGACGAGCAGCUCAUGGAUGGUUAUGAUGACACCCCAUAUGAAGAUUUUUUCCCCGUAUUUAUCCCAGAGAGUGACGCUGCGAAUGCGGCUGGUGUUUUGGAUAGCAUUGAUGGGGGUGCUGAUUUUGACUUGGGUGCGGCCGCGCUUGGCCCUGGUGCGUCCCCGUUUGCUCUUGGUUCGACUGAAAAGUCCGUUGACAUCAACCGCUUCCACCGCUCCCUUGCCCACGCUUGCGAGCCUCUUUUGAGAGAAACUGCCCAGCAGAGAGGCAUCGUGCUCACCGGCAAGCUGGAACCGUGCACGGACUGCAUGAAGGCGAAGGGCAGGCGAGCGUCGGUGCCGCGGGGGCCGGGAGCGCGGGCGUCCAAGCCUCUCGGGCGUGUUCACCUGGACCUGUGUGGACCGCUGGUGCCUUCCCUGGGCGGCAACCUCUACCUGUUCGUCGCCGUGGACAGCGCCUCGCGGUGGAACAAGGUCUACGGUCUCCGGCGGAAGUCCGACGCGCUGGCGGCAACGAAAAGGCUGCUGGCGGACGUGGGGCGGUACGACCUCGGACGCAUCGAGUGUUUCCGCGUCGACAACGGCACCGAGUGGACCCGCGGCGAUUUCCGGCGCUUCUGCGACGACAACGGCAUCGGCGUCGAGUUCACCCCGCCUGGCGUCCCGCAGUACAACGGCGUCGUCGAGAGCGCCAUCUGGCGCAUCAUGAAGGCCGGCAUGGCCGCCCGCCGCAGCGCUGGCCGUGUGUUCGACGUCGACUUCGCCUCCAUCCCCAGCCUCGACGAGCGCGGUGACCGUCUUUGGAUGGAAUCGGCGAAGUGGGCCGCCGACGCUCUCAACCAGUCGGCGACCAAGGCCAACCCCGGGCGGCGCUCGCCGCACGAGAUGUUCACCGGCGAGCAGGGGCCGUUCCGCGUGCUGCCGUUCUUCCAGCCCGGCUUCAUGCGCGAGGAUCGCCGCACCAAGCUCGACGACCAGGCCACCCUCUGCUACUACCUGAACGGCGGCGACAACCACCCGAGCGGCACCGUCAAGGUCCUCAAGGCGUCCACCGGCCGCGUCGUCUACACCAACAACGUGUCGUGGGUGACGUCGGCGCCAGCCGGCGAGGGGGGUUCCGCAGGUAUCACCGCUGCGCCGACACCCCCCCCGUUCACGCCGCCGGUCGUCUCGAUCAACUUUGGCCCAGCACCGACGCCUUCGACCGCCACACCGCCACCGCCAGCGCCCACGCCGUCGCCCGCUCCCGCUCCCGCUGCCUCUUCGCCCCCUGCCGCAACGCUGCCGCCAGCGACCACGCCGCCGCCCGCUCCCACGACUUCACAGCCGCCCUCUGCCACUUCGCCGUCACCGUCGGCGACCCCCGCUCCUGGCCAUCCGUCCUCUGCCUCUCCGCCGUCACCGUCGGCGACCCCCGAUCCAGACCAGCCGCCGCCGCCGCCGGACCCCGCGAUGCCCCCGCUUACGGCUCACGCCAUGCGGCAGCUUCGCCCGGGUACAAAGGCCGAGGGUAUGACAGACCCGCGGCUGCCAAGCCGUACGAGAUCGGGCACGAGGCACAGCACAGGACUCAUCUCGAUGCUAGACAGGAACACUCUGGUGUCGAUGCUGGAGGCUCGGAGCGCGGUGGAUAAGGAGCGCAGGGAGCUGGGGGGGGCGGAGGCCGGAGAGCCGGGGGGAGCGGGGGCCGGAGAGCAGGCGGGAGCACUCGCAGCAGUGGACCCGGGGGCUGCAGGAGCGGGCUUUCCACUCGCAUUUGCCACGCUCCUCGCCAACCGGGAAGACAUCGACGCCACGCUGCGAGACCAGCGCCCGCCGGAGCAACGCCCUGACCUUCCGCAUUGCCAGGCCAGCGACCUUCGUGUCCCCAAGAGCUACAAAGAGGCCAUGGCGUCGGAGCACCGGCACCUUUGGAGCGACUCUAUGCAAAGGGAGUUUUAUGGCUUGUUGGAAGCGGGGACUUUUACUCCGGCGAAGAUGUUGGCUGCUUUGGCGUGCGAGUUGAACCUCGACUUGUGUCAUUUCGAUAUUGAGCAAGCUUUUGUGCGUUCGGAGUUGGAGGAAGACGUGUACAUGCGUUUGCCGCAGGGAUGUGGAGCUCUAUCUGGAAUGAUUGUAAAACUAGGCAAGAGUCUGUAUGGCUUGAGACAGGCAUCUAGGCAGUGGCAUGCAAUGCUGAAGAGGUGUUUGGUGGCGUUAGGAUUUGAGCAGUGCAUGGCCGAUGCUUGUGUGUUUCGUUUGAUUGAGGAUGGAUGUGUUGUUUUGAUUUUGGUAGUACAUGUAGAUGACAUUUUUGCUGUUGGAGAGAGGGAGAGAUGUGAUAAGUUUGGCGCCGACCUUAACAAGUCCGUGCCAGUGAAGAACCUGGGAGAGUUGAGAUGGUAUUCUGGGUGCUUUUACGAGAGGAAUAAGGAGACCGGUAGGUUGACGAUUUCUCAGCAGACUUUCACGGACGAGCUAGCAGCAGAAUAUGGAGUAGUGGGAGGUAGGAGCGUUCCGAUGUCUUCGGGUGUGAAGCUUUCUGAUUUUGAUGCGGAUGAGGUGGCGACAGACUUUCCGUUUCGUGAGCUGGUAGGAUCGUUGAUGUGGCUGGCGACUCAGACUAGACCAGACAUUGCGAAUGCAGUAAGGGCAGUAGCUAGGUAUUGCGCAUCUCCGAAGCUGGUACACUGGAAUGCAGCGAUGGAUAUUUUAGGCUAUGCGAGGAGGACGAGUCACUUUGGUAUUUCGUUUCAGAGAGGUACGGUAGAGGGAUUCAGCUUGCAGGGAUACGCUGAUGCGGACUUUGCAAGCAAGGCAGCAGACCGUAGGUCGGUAUCAGGGGGGAUCGUGACGUGUGGAGGAGGCGCUGUGUCUUGGUUUUCCAGAACGCAAAAGUGCGUCACGCUUUCGACGACAGAAGCAGAGUACGUCGCGCUAGGCGACGUAGUGAAGGAGAUUUUGUUUUUGAGGCAGAUUUGGCGUUUCAUGUUGCCGCAGGUCGGCAUGCCGUGCAUCCCCAUCUUCGAGGACAACCAGGGGGCGAUUCAACUAGCGCAGAACCCCAUCUCAAACUCGAACUCGAAGCACAUAGAUGUAAGGCACCAUUUUCUCAGAGAACUGGUAGAGAGGAAGGAAAUUUCGGUCAUUCACGUGCCGUCGCCGUACCAGCGUGCAGACUUCCUUACGAAGAGUUUGUCGAAGGAUGCUUUCGAGUCUCACCGUGAUUUUGUGAUGAAUUUGGCAUGAACAUUUUAUUGUUUUUCUGAUAGGUUGUGUUUUGGUUUUGUUUUGCUUCUCGUUUUGUUUCCCGUUUUCUUUCAUUUCCCGCGCCAAGUAUUUGUUACGCGCGAUGCAGCAUUCAUAUUCCUUUGAAUUGUUUUUCUCUCUCUUAUGUUAUUCUGGUAAAGUCUUGGUGGCAUAUCGUCUGGGAAAGACGUCUUUUGGUUGAGAUAUCGGGUGUUAGCGAAGUUUUCAGUGAGAGACUGUUGCGAGCAGGGGGGAUGUUAGAUAUACUCGCAGCAGUAUCUGGUCGUGAGGAUCCCAGGGGAUACGUGUUGGGAAUUUCGUGUGAAGUAGGGUACCACGGGUGCAGUCACGGGGAUCCUUUUGGCGUGGUUGGUGCGAUGGAGCUUGCGUGCGUGCUGCGCACUUCUUCUUCCCUCUCUCUCUCCACCACCACC